UCUUAAGUUCGACGGGGCCCGUGACGUCACUUUCACAUAACGCUCGGCAAGUGGUACUGCGUAACACGAAAUUUCGUAUUCUUUUGUGGUUCUGUUCAAAUUUUUCUAUCGAAUUCGAGUGAUUUGUCGCGCAAAUAGUGUUGCGUAGUGAAAAUGGAAUCCGGAAUCAGCUGUGACGACCCGCAGUUCAUGAAUAUGUUGGAAACCUGUCUGCGUGUAGAAAUUGAAGCAGCCAACAGCACGUCCUCUGAAGUUGCAAGUGAAAUAAAAGAAUUGAAGACUAAGGUGCAGACACAAUUGCAAACGAGGAAGGAGUUGAAAGAGAAGGCAAAGAAUACAGAGGAUAAUAUUGUGAUUUUAACUAACAUUUUAAACAAGCACAAUAAAUACAUUAACGAAAUUUCUAAUAAAAUCGAGCUGAUGAAACUUAAUUUGGAUAAUGACUACAAAGUCAUGGAAUUAGACUGUGGACAAUAUGAGAGUAUUUACAACGAAUACGAAAGAGUAUGGGAAUCAUACCACGCAAAAUACGAAGAAUUUCCUCUAGCCAAGGUGAGGAAAGAAAACAAGGUAAAAUUGGAGAAGCUUCGAAUUGAUAAAAUGGUGGUGGAAUAUAAGAUCAACGAGUUCGAGAAAAUUUUGAAGCAGAGAGAGCGGAUUACGUGGCUGAGAAUGCGCGCGAAAAUCGUCGAGCUUGCGCGCGCAAUUUUAGACCAUAUGAGAUUCGACAAAGAAUGGGAAGAUCUUAAUCGAAGUAUCGAAGCACGCGAGAAGGAGUUGAAUACGAUCAAGACGGAGCUAGCUGUACAGUUGAAGAGGCAGGAGGAAGAGAAGAGGGAUCGAACGUUGAAGUUGCUGGAAAUGCCACCGCCAAAGAUUAAUUUCUCUCACAUGCGCAAGAUUUACCAUGGGUCGAGGAUCGGCUCGCACAGUGGCUGGGAAAAAAAUUAUGAGAAUUCCAUAGACUCCCUAUCAGUGGAUACCUUGAUGUUGGAAGAAAUGUGUCUAGCAGAAGGUAACACCGUACAAUCGCCGUCAGAAAUUUCAAUCCAUAUCGGGGAAGAUCAGAGUAUUCCUCAUGACCGUCCGAUCGAUUCAAAGAGUCCUUUCCUGGACCAGGGACAGCAGGAAAUAGAGCACGAGGAUGUAGCAAGCGAGGUGGACGGAAUCUCGGUUUCAGAACCGAUCGAUGCAGUCGAGGAGGAAGUGGAACAAGGAAUGGGCCAGGAACUGGAGCACAUGGACCAGCCAUCCGAUCUUUCGAAAGAUAAGCAUACAGGCCAACGUUGCGAGGAUCUUGAGGAGGAAAUGGAUGAUCCCGUAGCGAAGAAAAUGAGAUUGAUCUUGGAUGAAGGGAAGUUUGUGGCGACACCAAUGAAGAUUAUUCCAUUGGAGAAAACGAAGGUUGAUCCAUCCCCUCGUGCAAGAAUCGCAAGGAUUGAGACAGUCCGCUACAAUAUGUCUCCAAUGACCAAAAUAGAGAAAAUCGAGCCAAGGAAAAGUAAGUUGACAGAUCAAUUUGUCGAAUCAGUGAUGACGAAUACGCCUUCGACAAAGAAGCCUGAUCAAGACAAACCCAACCCGUCCAGUAUGUUUACUCCUCGACACUACGAUUUUUCUGAUACCAGUGACAUGAGUUUCUGUAUGGAUAACAAUAUGAACACUCUGAAAGCUGAUCAAAUAUCGUUGUACGGAGGGUCUGUUCGAGAUUUCUGCGAGUGUUCCAACAUAUCCAGGGCCAUCGAGGACGCAAUCCCAGAGAGCAGCGCAAACGAUCCAUCCACCAGCAAGACUUACAAUUUGCCACGUACUUACGAUACUUCUGAUCGAAGGCUUCCAUCGUUUCGCUUUCCCACUCUCAUAUUACUUUUUUUGUUGCAGAAUUCGAUUUCAGUAACAUUCUGAAACGUAACUCCAGCGGAAAGAAUCUCUUCUAAAUCCGAGCCGUCUCGAAGAAAGUCGAUGUUCAUUUAAAAGUUCUGUAUUUGUUGUAAAAUCUCGUUUGGACGAAAUAAAAUCGCGCGAAGCAAA